UAUGGAAGCUGCCUCUUUGAGCUUUUUGAGACCUGUCCUGUGUGCCAACGAGUUUGUGCUGUCACCCCACUAAGACGUGGAACUUUCUUGGCCAUAGACCAACUGUGCCCGCACUGCCAGUACUCCAGAAAAUGGAAGAGCCAGCCUGUCUUUGGAAGCAACCCUGCAGGGAACUUGCAAUUGUCAGCUGCCAUAUAUUUUAGUGGUGCAUCUUUCAUUCAGCUUGAAAAGAUUUUCAAUGCGAUGCAUAUAGCGUUGUUUAAAUACAACACUUUUAGAAGACAUGCUCGGAUGUACCUGGAACCAACCAUUAUCCAUAAAUGGGUGAAGGACCAGGAGACACUUCUGCAGCGUCUGAGCCAACAUGACAAGGCCAUAAUUGGAGGUGAUAUGAGGGCGGACUCACCAGGACACUCUGCAAAGUACGGAAGCUACAGUGUGAUGAACCUUCGGGAAAAAACGAUAAUUGAUAUUCAAUUGGUGCAGAGUAACGAAGUUGGUGGUAGCUACCAUAUGGAACUGGAGGGCCUGAAAAGGAGCCUUGCGAUGCUGGCAGCACGUGGUAUCGAGUUGGACUACAUUGUCACCGACCGUCACCCACAAAUACAAAAAUAUCUCAAAGACAACAAUAUCAAACAGUUUUAUGAUAUCUGGCAUCUGGAAAAAGGCUUGUCAAAGAAACUGGACAAGAUUGCAAAAGAGAAAGACUGUCAAGAGGUGAGAAAAUGGCAGUGUAGUAUCAAGAACCACGUAUACUGGACUGCAACAUCAUCCACCUCUGGACAAGAGAAAGUGGCAAAGUGGAAGUCACUCGUCAACCACCUGCAAGACAUCCACACUUACGAAGACCCCCUCUUUCCAAAAUGUGAACAUCCAGAAAAAAGCAGCACAGACCCGAGCAAGUGGUUGCAGCCAGCUGUCAAUCACUGA